AUGCUCCCACUAAGAUCCGCCAUCUUGAGGCCGGGGCCGUCUCAAGAGGCGAUUCUGUGUUCACGAUGUCUGGUCCGAUCACGACCGCACCCCCCGUCUGCGGCCCGGAGCUUCUGGUCCUCCUCGCAUCGCCGAAUGGGCAUUACGGCCAACCAGACUACCUCCGCCUUCCACAAGACCUACUUCUCGGCCAAUCGCCUCUAUGAUGCCACAGGACUGAAGGGAGGAUUCAUAUCUUCCUUUGCUUCGACGAAUUCCGACAAUGCAUCGGCUCCUCGCAGCUCCAAACCCGCCAACGAUACAUCAGCUAACUCGCCCGAUCCGUCCGAAGUAGCACCGUCUGGGCCAAUUGGUGCAGAUGCUAGCCAGAGUGAACUCCCACAUCGACGAAGGAAGCGUUUGAAGGAACAAGCUUCACAGAAUGGCUCAGCCGAGCCUGCGAUGCCACUGGAUGCCUCCGCGCAAUUGUCCAACUUCUCGUCCUCCCUCCCCACCACCUCCAUCCGCCGCAAACUCGCCGCCUUCCUUGCUCUCACGAAACCCCGACUAUCCUUCCUAAUUCUCCUUACCACCACCUCUGCCUAUGGCAUGUACCCGAUCUCGUCGUUACUCGCCCUUGACCCGGCCAUGACCCCACUCCCAACCCUCUCAACCUCCACCCUCACCUUCAUAUAUUUGACAACGGGCACAUUCCUAUCAUGUUGCAGUGCGAACACAAUCAACAUGAUGCUUGAACCCAAGUACGAUGCAUUGAUGUCACGUACGCGGAAUCGCCCGCUGGUCCGAGGGCUGGUCUCUCGCCGGGGAGCAAUGCUCUUUGCCAUCGCCACGGCAGCGGCUGGUCUCGGGUUACUUUACGUUGGUACUAACCCGACGACCACGGCGCUUUCCGCGGCGAACAUUGUCCUUUACGGAUUUAUCUAUACCCCAUUGAAGCGAAUCAGUGUGAUCAACACUUGGGUUGGUGCCAUAGUGGGCGGUAUCCCACCCUUGAUGGGAUGGGUUGCGGCUGCAGGACAGACAGCAACGACUGGUCAUGACACUUGGCGCGACAUGCUUUUCAGUGAGGAUAGUGUCGGUGGGUGGCUAUUGGCGGGCAUUCUCUUUGCUUGGCAGUUCCCCCAUUUCAAUGCUCUCUCGCAUCUUAUCCGCGACGAGUAUAAAGCCGCCGGGUAUCGGAUGCUGUGCUGGGUGAAUCCGGCCCGGAAUGCUCGUGUUGCCUUGCGCUACUCCGUGAUGAUGUUCCCGAUCUCCAUCGGCCUCUGGUGGGUUGGCGUAGUUGGUCACGGGUUCUUAGUUGGAAGCACCGUUGCCAACGGCUGGCUUGUUCGUGAGGCCUAUCGAUUCUGGCAACACCAGGGUGCUCAGGGCUCUGCCCGUGGCCUAUUCUGGGCUAGUAUCUGGCAACUGCCCAUUCUCCUUGUCGGCGGUCUCGUUACCAAGAAGGGGCUCUGGGAUGGCGUCUGGAGGAACAUUUUCGGACAACCGGAGGAAGAGGAAGACGACUACCUGUAUUAUGAUGAUGAGGAGGAAGCUGAAGAUGGCUCGAUCCUUGUUGAAGGAGAGAAUUCAUCCCCUCCCUCAAAACGGGCUAGUGUUUUGUCAACUGCAUGA